AGUAGUACACAGAGGGGACUAACCCUGCUCCUGACUGCUGCACUGUUUAAAAAGUCUUGAAUGUAAGACUGAAGUUGUGCCUUCUUUACAAAGUAUGAAGCUGUUUCAAUAAUCUGGACCAAUCAUCCGAUAACAGAUAGUCUACUUACAGUGGAGGACACCGGUGAAAACGAUUCACUUGCUGAUCUUCACCAUGCGGUAAGAGAGGAGAUGACGUCAAACCUAAAGUCUGACUUCAGUAUGGACAAUAAACCGGCUGGUGAAAGUGGGAAAGUGGCAAAACUGGAGAGCCUUUUGAGGGACCUGGGUUUGGAGCAGCACUACAAAGAGAAGCUAUCCCUCAGCAAAGUCCUUCAGAUUGACGAGAAGGCCAUCACUGAUGAACCACCCAAGUGUAAAUCAGAUCUUGCCUGGUAUUUUCUGAAGAAACUGAUGAUGGUUAAUGUGACAGCUAGGAAUGUAAAAUGUACAUCAGUAGGUGACUCAAACUGUGAUGCUGCAUCAGAGGAUAUAGGGUUAAAUCUUGAUCAUUUGCUUGAUGGGCUAACCAUUGAUGACACACUGAACCCACUUGACAUUGUCACUGCUCUCUUUCUGUGUUCAGAUGGUUUUGUACAGCAGGAAAUGGCACUCAAAAUGUCAAUGUGUCAGUUUUCUGUGCCUCUUCUGCUUCCAAACUGUGACACAAAACAGUCCACACUCAUGCUUUGGGCAAUGAGAGACAUUGUCAAAAAGUACAGACCUCAGUCACUUUCUGAAUCUAAGGGCUUUAUUGAAGAACAAAUUGUUCUGUCUAAAAUCCCAAUGAUAUCGUUUGUGAGAUUGGGUGAAUGCUCCUUGUCCAAAUCAGAGAUGCUAAAUAAGGUUCUGAGCAAUUCUCAGCAGUACCAUGACACAUUUGUUCACCGUGAAAUGGAGUGUGGAGACAGUUCAAGGAGAAUUUCCAAUGGAAUGGCUGAAAUUACUUGGUACCUUCCUUGUGGAAACAAAAACAUUGAUGUGUUCAAUGAGCCAGUGGCAGUAGCAAACCUUCGUGGGGACAUUGUUUCAUUUGAAACAGAAUAUUCCUUUUUGUGUCAGACAUCUGCUGCGGUCUUCGUCUUCUUUGACAAUUUGGAUUUGGAUUGCAGGCUACUGACCAAUACACAGCACAGUGAAAAGAUCUUCUUAGUGGGCAGCCAUCAAAGCAAGGACUUCAGUUUAGAUGCUUUAAAAAAGAUAGCAACCAAGAUGGGCUUAACAAACAAAAAUGUCAUUAUCAAAACUAAACAGAAAAAUGAUGCAGAGUUUAUCAAGGGCUUGCGUGAAACUGUCAACAAUGUAAUUGAGAACACAAGUGUAAAGAUGGCAAUUGAGCAGACGGCCGAUGUGGCACAUGAAUUGGGAAUAUUGGUUGAUGAAGACUGUCCAGAGUGUCAGUUGGGCAAAAAAAAUGCAGAUGCGAUCACUGAAAAAAUUCAAGACACAUUUAAGUACAAAGAAGAAAAGCUUCCUCUGCAAGGCCAAAUAUGGAAGGAGUUGACACAUCUAGAGAAGGAAGAAUACAGGCUUCGAGAAGUUGGGUCUGAAAACCUAGAAGACUACAAAGCUAGUCUUAAAAAAAAGAAGAGACAACUCAGAAAAAAACAGAACUCUUAUGACAUAUCAGAUGCUAUGUCAUGUUUCGUAAGCGCAAUAUCAAGUGAGAAAGAGAAAGAGAGGCGUUAUUUCCUGAAAUGGCUGCGAAUAAACCUGGAUAACCUGUCUCGUGAAAAACUAUCUGACCUAAGGGAACAGUACAAAAAGAAAUGUGAAAAUUCUGAGACCAAAAAGGAGAUUAAAGACAUCGAUAGGCAACUUUCUAGCAGCUCUCUAGGGACUGAACACUUUUUCCGUGAAAUGGGUCAGCUCUAUGAAGCUUCAGUGUCUCUUCCAGAAAAACACCCAUCACAAAUUCAACUACAGCAACUGCCCAAACUCUGUGCAGAAUUGUUGCUUGAUGGGUUUCCUUUAGAGCUUGUAGAUGGAGAUUCUUCAAACAUACCUCUCAGAUGGGUGAGUGAUGUUCUCUCUCAGCUCCAUCAGCUGGUGCACCCCAAGAACAAGAUCUUAGUAGUCACAGUUCUGGGAGUGCAGAGCACAGGAAAGUCCACUCUUCUCAACACAAUGUUUGGAGUCCAGUUUGCUGUGAGCAGUGGUCGAUGCACCAGAGGUGCAUUUAUGUUGCUCAUCAGAAUCAGUGAAGAUGUCAAAAAAAUCCUUAACUGCGACUUUUUGGUGAUCAUUGACACUGAGGGCUUAAAGUCUCCAGAGCUUGCACAACUGGAUGAUAGCUAUGAGCAUGACAAUGAGCUUGCGACACUUGUUGUUGGAUUGAGUGAUAUCACCAUCAUCAACAUUGCUAUGGAGAAUUCUACAGAAAUGAAAGACAUCCUACAAAUAGUUGUGCAUGCUUUCCUCAGGAUGAAAGAAGUAGGCAAAAAGCCUAAAUGCCAGUUUGUUCACCAGAAUGUGUCAGAUGUUUCAGCACAUGAGAAGAACAUGCGAGACCGGAAGCUGCUCUUGCAGCAGUUAAACGAGAUGACUCAGGCAGCAGCUAAAAUGGAGAGGAAAGAGGAGAACAAGGGCUUCACUGAUGUGAUGGAAUAUUGUCCAAACACUGGAAACUGGUACAUUCCUGGACUGUGGAAUGGAAACCCACCAAUGGCACCUGUCAAUGCUGGGUACAGUGAGGAGGUAUAUAAGCUCAAGAAAAAAAUAAUUCAUAUUUUGGGAAAAUGUGAAUCCUCUGCCAAUGAUAUCUCAGAGUUUAAGGAAUGGACAGAAAGCUUGUGGAAUGCAGUGAAGCAUGAAAACUUCAUCUUCAGCUUCAGAAACAGCCUGGUGGCUGAUGCGUACAUGAAACUGUGCACAGAGUUUAAUAAGUGGGAAUGGAAUUUUAAAAAAGACAUGUAUGCAUGGGUUACAAAUGCAGAGACAACAAUUUCCAAUUUUGGCACAGUUGCUGUCCCAAUCCAAAACAUUGGAGAACUUCUCAAUCAUUUGAAAACUGAGGCUUCCAUUGAGUUGUCUAAAUGGGAGAAAACCCUUCUUGAUAACCUGACAAAGUACUUCAAACAGAAAGAGGGUCAUGUCUAUCUGGUUGAAGGAUACAAAGAGGACUUUGCAAACAGUGCAAAAAGCCUCCGGAGAGAAAUAGAGAGUUCAGUCACUAAUCAGCUCACAGCGGCAGCAGACAUUAAACAAGGUAUGCAAGAGGUUGAUAGAAUCAAAAAGAAGCAUACCAAAGAAAUUGAAAACAGAGUUUGUGAGUUGAUUGAAGAGUGCCGGAAGAAAAAGGUCACAAUGACAGACCAAGAGCUAGACAGAGAAUUUGAAGAAAUGUGGAAUAAAACAGUGAAGGAACUGCGCUUUUCUGAACAAAAGCUUUCAAAUAUCUUCACCAGUGUAUCUUACCAUCUGAGAGAAAAUCUGAAGCACAAGGGAGGUCAUGCACGUGAGUUAAGUCAAAAACAGUUGGAAGAAUGUGGAAAGGUUCCUUUUAAAUAUACAGCUGAAGGAUGGAUUGAGAAACUCAAACACAAUGUGAGUAAAGUUCUCAACACCCAAAGUCAUGAAAAGGCUGUACAGAAAAUGGCUGAUGAUAUCAUAGCUGCUUGCCAACAGUUGGUGACUGGCAAAAUGGAAAGAAAAAACAAUUACCAUGAUACUUACAUCCAAGAGAUCCUACACACGAUUGAUAAUAUGCUGCGCAUCAAUCAGGAUCUUAAAACAGACAUAGACUUUGAAGUUUCUCUGAAGCAGCACAUCUGUGGAAAAGCAGCCAGACAGUUUCAGAAAAUGCAUGAAGAUUUCCUACGUGUAAAUGAUCCUUACAAAUGUCUGAGUCAAAACAAGACCAAGUUUUGUGCUGAUUUCAAAGAUGUGUUCAAUGAACGAGACCAGUGCCAAAAAAAGGCAGAAGAAUUCACAAACCAAUGCUUGAGACCUGCAGUUGAAGACUUUGUCAACCGCUCCUUGGGUCCUGAUAUCAUUGGUGAAAUGCUGACAACCCAGCAGUUCAGCACAAGGAUGUUUUUCCAGUACUCCAUUUUACUGGACUUGCUCUCAAAGGGUAACUUUGAAAGUUAUUUGAGAUACAUCUGCAAAUAUGAAGCCUAUGUGAAGACAUGGAUUCUGGACCGAAUAGAGGAACACUUCUCAAGCUACUCCUCAACCUUUGAGUUUGAGAAUCGACAUGUUCAGUCAUGUAUCAACAGCAUAAAUGAUGCUGUCAAGAAGGCCAAAACAAGGAAGGGAUGCAUCCUCAAAAUAUUUGUUGACAAUAUCUGCAAGGAACUUGGAAAUAAACUAGCAAUUUCCCAGGAUGCACUUAGUGCUUUCAUGAUCUUAAACAAUGCUAACCAGGAAGACUUCGCUCACCGGCUCUCGGAAUGUGUGAAAGAAAUGGCAGAAGAUCUUAGACAAAAGUUUACAAGAACAACGAUCCAAAUGAAACUAAACCGUCUUCAUGUGAAGCCCCAGAAUGAGCUUUUCACCAAAGUGAUUGGAUGUGGCAAACAAUGUCCAUUUUGCAGUGCCCCAUGUGAGGCAGGGGGAAGCCAUCACACUGAACACUGGACAUCACUACAUCGACCAGAGGCUCUGGGUGCUUACAGGUGGUAUGACACAAAAAAACUUGUCACUAACAUAUGCUCAUCUCUUGUGAUCAGUAACUCAUCUUUUUUUUGUGUUGCCACAAAUGGCAAAUGGCAUCCUCACAAGCGUUACACCGAAAUUUACCCUGACUGGAAGAUUGCUCCAGAUAUUAGCCUCCAGGCAUCAGACUACUGGAAACACAUCAUGGCAAAGUUCAACAAUAACUUUGCUGAUGCAUUUAAUGCAAAUCCUGCUGAUAUCCCCAGAGAGUGGACAAAAAUAACCCAAAAGCAGGCAGAACAAAGCCUUAAAGUGUCAUUUAGCAUCAAGUGAGAGAUUUUGGUGCUUUGAGGUCACAGAGGUACACUCCUUUGCUAUUUCACUGCCUGAUUGUCAUGGCUAUUUUUAUUUAGUUUUUUUUUUUUUUUUUUUUCGAAAGAUGAAGAAUCAUAUUAUGCUAAUACUUCUACUACUGGUAUGAUAAACAGUCAGACACAUCGAACUAGUCGAUCCUUACAAAUAUCUUGCUAAUGUGAUCGACUGCAAACUGCUAUGUCAGAUAGAGGUACAUCAGAAAGACGAGCAGAUAUUUAGGACAGUUCAUGAAUAUUGAGCUUUAACUUCAUAUUCAUGUUGAGGAAGUGAUUUAUAAAUUGUAAAUGUGAGGAUCACAAGUUCCAAACAUGUAAUCUGCUUUUGGUUUGAGGAUUCAUUUAUUUCAUGUCUUUAAAGCAAAUUCAUCACUUUUUGUUUCUUUGAAGUAACAUUAUAUGUAAAGCAUGUUUCUUGAUUAAAUGAUGAGAGACUACAGGUAAAUGCCUAUGAAUGUCUGUAAAAUUCUAUCACAAGUCUUGAGUUUCUAUGUUAAUGUGUGUUCUUUUUGAGAACAUGGAAAAAAAGAAAACAUCAGCAACAGAAUAAAAGAAGAGAACUGAAGCUUUGUACUGUUAUUUGUGUCUGGGUCUGAUACAGUACAGAUAUCUUCAGGACAGAUAUUUGACCAACAAAAAAUAGAGCAUUUGCACUACAUUUGGUAGAAACUUGAAUAAACAGAUACAACGCUGUUACUGUGAUAUUGCUUUUCAGUGUUUUUUUCUUUUUUUUUUUUUUUAAGAUCAUAUCUCAUUUGGGCAUAGAAAAAAAGACAGUUGUCCAAAAUCAG